AUGGCGAUUGAAAGCAAUGACAGUGACAGCUCUCAAACAAAUUCUGGAGGUAACAACAACAAUUUUGAUCCUUAUUUCAUAGCUAAUUCAGAUAAUCCUACUUCUACUUUAGUUGCAAUUCCAUUUUCUGGUGUGAAUUUUGUUCACUGGAGUAGAAAUGUGAAGAGAGCUUUGAUAGCUAAGAAUAAAGAAGGUUUCAUAAAUGGUGAAUUGAACAAACCUGCUGUUAAUCACAAGGAUUACACGAAAUGGAAACGAGCUGAUUUCAUGGUUGUGAGCUGGAUUCUAAGUUCUAUGAAUCAUGAUCUGGCUGAUGAUUUUGGCUACAUUGAUAAUGCUGCUGAUUUGUGGCAUGAAUUAACUGAAAGAUUUGGACAAUCUAAUGGUCCAUUAAUCUAUCAGUUAAAGAAGGAAAUAGAGAAUUUGACUCAAGAAAACAUGACUAUAGUGUCAUAUUACAGUAAGCUGAAGAAGCUGUGGGAUGAAAUGCAGACUCUAAGAGCCUUUCCUACUUGUACUUGUGGUGUAAUGCUGACCUGUAGUUGUCAGUUUUUGAAGAAAGUGGCUGAGUUCGAAGAAGAAGACAAAAUGAUAAAGUUCUUGCUUGGCUUAAAUGGAGGUUUUGACAGUACCACCACUAAUGUGUUGGCUAUGGAUCCUAUGCGUAACCUGAAUAGAGUAUUUUCAAUUACUCAGCAAAUAGGAAAACAAAAGGAAGUGAGUAAUACUGCUGCUAAAUACAGUGCUAUAAGCAGUAGUGCCAUGGCUGCACAAUCUCACAAGGGUAGUCAGGUUCAGAAAUAUACUGGAAAUUAUGGAAAGAAAGACUGGAAAGAUUUAAAGAAGGAGAAACUGAACAGGAUUUGCACUCAUUGUAAGGGAAAAGGACAUACUAUAGACCAAUGUUUCAAGAUAAUUGGUUAUCCAGAUUGGUAUAACUCUAUCAAGGCAUCCAAAGCCAGUAGUUCAAAUGGUGCCAGAUUUGCUGCUCAUGUAAAUUCUGCAAAUGAUAUCUGGGAUGAUCCUCUUGAUAAUGCUGCUGGUGAUGCUGGUGUGAUGAAUAGUGCAAUGCUCAAUGCUAUUUGUCAGGAAGUUAUGAAGGUGAUGAAAGGACAACAGACACAGAAUGGUGACAACAAUGCAGCUAGUUGUUCCUAUGCAAACUAUGCAGGUACAAUUUCUCAUUCUUUUAAUUGUGGUACAACUAAAUGCAGUCCUGAUCAUGUGUGGAUAGUUGAUUCUGGUGCUUGUGACCAUAUGACCUAA